AUGGCGAGCAACGCGAUUCCCCAAACACCACGUGUGAAGCUUAAUGACAAUGUGUCUAUACCAAUUAAAGGCGACGAUUCAAUCAACCGCGACCUAGUCGAAGCAAUCAAGACCGCAAUUCGCCUGGGGUACCGUCACUUGGAUGGUGCCGAGGUCUAUGGCACUGAAGCCGAGCUGGGUGUAGCAAUUAAAGAGAGCGGAAUUCCGCGUGAGGAACUCUUUGUCACAACCAAGGUGAUUACGAAUAUUGCGGAUAUUCCAAAUGCCAUUGAUCAGAGUUUGCGAAAUCUUCAACUAGACUAUGUGGACUUAUACCUGAUCCAUUCACCUUUCUUUGCGAAAAGCGACGGCGAACUGCAAGAGGCAUGGGCGGCCAUGGAGAAGGUCCAACAAAGUGGAAAGGCCAAAGCGAUCGGUGUAUCAAAUUACCACCAGUCACAUCUGGAAACCACGCUCAAAACUGCGACAAUUGCACCCGUCAUCAACCAAAUCGAGCACCACCCCUAUUUGCAGCAAGAGGAGUUGGUCCGCUUCCAGCAGGCAAAGGAGAUCAAGACAGCGAGCUACAGUCCCUUGACUCCUAUUUUACGUGCGCCGGGGGGCCCAGUUGAUCCCAAGGUGGCUGAACUAGCUGCGAAGUACAAGGUCACAGAAGGAGAAGUCCUACUGAGGUGGUCCAUCGACCGCGGAGAUGUGGCAGUCACCACAAGUAGCAAGGAAUCCCGAUUGCAGGAGUUCCUUCAUGUUCUUACAUUCCAGCUGACCCCGGAGGAGGUGAGAGAUAUUUCUCAGCUUGGUAAGGAGAGACAUUACCGAGUCUUUUGGCGGAAGCAGAAUGGAGAGGAAUAG